AUGUUGCCUCAAAACAAGGAUCAGGCGCUGCUACAGAACACAGCACCCCCUGGGCAGCCCCCUCAGGGCCCCUCACAACUUGUGGACUCCCUUCCUCGCAACCUACAACCUCUGCCUCCCCAACAAUCACUCCGUCCCACCCACCCCCCUUGCUCCCCUCCCUCACGGUCCCACUCUGCGGGCUCCCAUUUCUACUCUUCUGACUCAAAUUCUGACUUUCUCCUACAUCCCUUCUCCUCUCUCCCAAGUUCCCCCACUUUCUUUCAUCAGAAUUACCUCUCUCUCUCCCUGCCACGGUCUUCCUCACCUUCCCACUGGCUAUAUCCCUCUCCCACUCUCACUCACUCCUCUUCUCCCUCUCAGCCGCAGAACUCCUCUCUCCUGGUCUCCGGUUGCCAGUCUCCUUCCCAUCCCGAAGACCUGCCUAGCUCUGCCCUCACCUCCCCCAGCUCCAGCCUACCUUCUGGUGAGGUCAGCUCUAACAGCCAGACAUGGCACUCGCAUCAGUACAGGGACCUCGGGUCCCUUGGGGUGGAGGGGGGAUGCGUGGCAAGCGAGAGGGACCCUGCAGAGUUCAGGGACCCAGGAGCCUUGGCCCAGGUCCUGGUGGUCCAUUUGGGGCACCACCGCAUCGCCCGCGACCUGCAGCUACUGCUUUUGCAGCGCCUGUGGCUAGGCAGACCCGGCCAGGCCCCAGUUGUGGAGUAUCCUGUAUGCCUGGUGUGUCUCCGGCCCCGCAGCCCCUCUUGCCCCAUCCCCAAGUACAGGACUGGACCCAAACUGCUUGCUUUCCCCCAGCUGCUGCCCUGUGCACAGGACCAGGAAUCCGGACCACUCCGCAUAGGCAUUGGCUUUGGUCUCCGCCUGUCUCGGGGCCAGGCCAGGGCCUUGCAUCUGUUGCCAGAAAGAAGGCUGGGGGAAGUAGGGCCUCAGAACGAGGCUUCUCAGGCCCGUGGGUGUCAAAUCCAGGCACCUCAGGCCCCAGCAGCUCGAACCCCAGCAGCCCAGGCCCAGGCAGAUCAAGACCCAGGCACAUCCUCACAGAUUGGGAGCCUUAGGUCUGUAGGUCUUCAAUCACCAAACUCCACAGGCUGUUCAGGUUCUCCAACUCAGGCACCAAAACAGUUCACUGUCUCCCUGAAGCCCAGGCCUUCCUCUGCUCCAAAGAAGUCUGCCUCUCUAGAACCCAUUCCCCGAAAGUCACUACCCUAGUUUCAGAGCCACGAAGGCUCCCUGGAGCACCUCCUCCAAACCCCACCAUCCCUGCUAGGCCCCAGAUCUCGGGGAGCCCCCGAGACACUCUGAAGGGCUGGCUGGCUGGAGGUCAGGUGUGUUCUCCAGCCCUGAACCCUGGGAGCCCCUUGUGGAGUCUGUUCUCUCCUGGCUGAAG